AUGUGUGACAAAGAUGUUCAUGUCAGUGAAGAUGUUGCUGGCGACGAAGGUCCUUUUAGAAAUGCUAGACCAAGAUUAAUUGUGCUUGUAAGGCACGGCGAAAGUGAGUCAAAUAAAAACAAAGAGGUAAACGGUUACAUCCCUAAUCACUUGAUCCCUUUAACUAAAACAGGCCAAAUUCAAGCUAGGCAAGCCGGUAUUGACUUACUCCGUGUUUUAAACGUAGAUGACCAUAAUUUAGUGGAAAAUCUGGCUGAAAAAUACAUUGGGGAUGAAAGUAGCAGGAGAACUUUACCUUUAAAGGACUAUACCAGAAUAAGCAAAGAAAAGGACGUGAACGUGCUUUUCUACACAUCACCUUACAGAAGGGCAAGGGAAACUUUGAAAGGUAUUUUGGACGUCAUUGAUGAAUAUAAUGAAUUGAAUAGUGGUGUGCAUAUUUGUGAAGAUUUGAGGUAUGACCCCUGCGGUAAACAGAAGCAUGCCUUUUGGCCCAGAGGAAUCAAUAACAGUGGAGGGGUUUACGAAAAUAAUGAAGACAUUAUCUGUAAAGGAAAGCCCGGUAAAUGUUACCUGCAAUAUCGGGUUAAAGAUGAACCAAGAAUAAGGGAACAAGAUUUUGGUAACUUCCAAAAAAUCAAUAGCAUGCAAGAUGUCAUGAAAAAGAGAUCCACGUAUGGACAUUUCUUUUUCAGGUUCCCCCAUGGAGAAAGCGCAGCAGACGUAUAUGACAGAGUAGCCAGUUUUCAAGAGACUUUAUUCAGACACUUCCACGACCGACAAGAGAGAAGACCCAGGGAUGUCGUUGUUCUUGUUACACAUGGCAUCUACUCCAGAGUUUUUCUCAUGAAAUGGUUCAGAUGGACGUAUGAGGAAUUUGAAUCAUUCACUAAUGUUCCUAAUGGGAGCGUAAUGGUAAUGGAGUUGGACGAAUCAAUAAACAGAUACGUCUUGAGGACCGUAUUACCUAAAUGGACAGAUUGUGAGGGAGACCUCAUAACAUGA